UAUAGUUCUUUCUGGUCUAUAUUUAACUCUUGGAAAUGGUGUGCACUGUAUAAGAACUGUGAACAUGAAGAUUCCAGAGUACUCAGCCUAUCAAAGAGUACCUUGAGGAUUCUGCUUUAUGAUGCUUCAAGGCAAAGAAGGAUCAUUUGCCUCUCCAGUAGCCUCUGACCAGCUGCCUUGGAGCCAUCAGGAUGCCUCUGCCUUCUCUCCCAGCAGCUAUUUUGUCUCAUAUGAUAGCUAUAAACAAUGUGCCGCCUCCUCCCCUUCGCAGUUUACCAAAGUUGAAAAUGUCUAAGUACAUUGAUUAUGGUCAGUUGAAUGCAUUGUGCCAUAUGAGAGGACUACAAUCUAGCCAGAGUUCUUACAGUAUCCUGUCAGCUCACAAUAUGUUUAUAAAGCAAUAUCCUAAAAUAUUCCUGAAGAAAAAAACCAGACUGCCUAAACUCUUCAAACAAGAGGAAAAAAGAGAACCUACUGAAGACACAGAAGAACUUCAACCCCAACCACCUGAUGAUUCUCACAAUAUAGCUAUCCAUGUUAAAAAAGCACGUGGUGGCCCUACUUUAUAUGAACCAAAAAAUUUUGAAGAGAAGUUAGUGGAAUUCCUGGAUAUUUUAAAGAAAUUGCCCAUUUACAGGACAUUGCGUGAACACAGAACUGUGUGGAAGAUGCUGAAAACAAUUCCAGAUUUGACCUCUCAGCUAACUGAUGAGCAUCUGAAAACACUUAGUAGGAGUGUCAUUUCUGAAACCUGGGUAAAAGGCAGCACAGUGGUUGGAAAUGAUGGAUUUUAUAUAAUACUGAAAGGUUCAGCUCGACCUCAAACAAAGGCAUAUAAAGAUCUGAUUGAUGAAAAUGAGUCAACAUCCUCUUUCAUACCUCAGAGUUUCCAAGGAUUUGUUUCCAACGAAGACUUCAAAAACAUACUUGUUGAGAUGCACACACCUUCAUGUGAUCCAAUGCUUCGACAAUGGAGUACCUUUGGAACCCUGGAAGUUACAGCUCAGACUGAAUCAGACACAAAGGAGUACUCAGUGAUCACAGAAGAAGAUUGUGAAAUUCUUAAAAUCCCAGCAAAGGAUUAUGUGAGGUUAAAAUCGGAAAACAUAAAGCUUGAAAAUAAAGAAAAGAUGAAAUUAAUUCAUAAAUGUCCAUAUUAUGAGGAGUGGCCGACUUUAUCCAUAUGUGAGCUAGUUGCACUCAUUAAAUGGAAAAAAUUUCCUCCAGGUCAUGUGAUAGUGGAAAGUGGGAAGAUAAUUUCUUUUGUGGCUUAUAUUAAUUCUGGAUAUUGUAAUAUUUAUAGAAAUAUUGUAGGACUUAUGAAACUACAACCAAAAAAAGUGAAAAAAAAUAAAAAACUUGUUUGUAUGGGCAAACUUAAUGAGAAGGAAUCCUUUGGUGAGAUUAGUGUUCUUCUUCAAGUUCCUUUCACAUGCACAAUAGUUACUGGAAAAGAGGUUGAGAUGGCAAUCAUUGAAGAUAAGGACCUAUUUGAUAAAACAUGAAUCAUGGAAAUUAAUCAGCAAGAAUUUUUAAGUAGCUGCCAAAUACAUGCCAGCCCUAAGGAUACCAGGACUAAGGAUGCUUGUUUCCUAAGGCCACAUCAUCCUUGAGCACCAUAUAUAUACAUUAUAUGAUUUUAAGGUCAUGUGAAUACUCUUUCUAAUUCCCUUUCAUGUUCUCCUCAGUAUCUUUCAAUCUGUGAAUUUUUGUGAAGAAAAUUUACUUAAUGGGAUAUGAACUUAUUUAGAAGAUAAUAGUAUGACUUUGUGUUUUAGAGCUUUGGCUUUGGAAUGGGCCUGUUAUGUUCCAAAUGCUGGACCCACACGUACAUAAUGGGCUCUCUUGGAUAAUUAAUGAAACUACUUUACAACCCCCUGUGCCAAAGGUUUAGUCAAAUGAGAGGAAGGAUAUUAUUCAAAAUAUUUAACACUUGGGAGAGCCCAACUCUGAACCAUUCAGAAGAACACUGCUCAAAGCAGGAUCUUGAAGGAUCCCUGAUGUGUCAAUCCUCACAUAUCUAGUAGUGAGAGAUCAUAGGGGAGCAACUGAAGUGCUGCUAGGACACUCAGGGUGCUUUGACAAUGAUUAUUUAACUCAACUGGUUGGGAAAUACUUAACUAUUUUAAUUGGUUCAGCUGAACUGGACCAACCCAGUGACUGUCACAGAUACUAAAUUAUUUAUAUCAGAUCUUUUCCAAAUACAUUUUUCUAAGGAUAACAACAAUGAUGUCAGAAAAGGAUAAAAGGAAAGACAUAAUAGAUUGACUGGAAGGGUAAACAGGAAUCAAACAUGUUAUAAUAAUCAGUGGUCACAGCACCAGCAAUAUCACCUUAUUCAAGUUGUUCCAAUGGCAAGAUCCUGACUAUGUCUUAGUUCCCCUUGUUUAUACCUAAGGCUAACUCUCCAGGAUUCCCAGAGAUUUAGUGACCUACCAAUUGCCUUUAAACUAAAAUCCUUUUUUUUGUUUAAGUUAACCAGAUUUAAUUCCUCUGGUUUCUAACUGAGAAUACUCAUAAAUAUCUGGUAACAGGACUAGAUUACUGGCAGUAAUACCUCCUAAUAUGUAGAAUUUAUUUGCUGCCAUACCCUCAUAUGUGGAAUUAAUUUGCUGAAGAAUUCUAUAAUUCUUCAUAGAAAAUUAAUUUUUUUGCUAUAUUGUGUUAAAUUAUGGUGUGUUGUAUAUUCGGAAUAAAAGCAACAACUUCAAGGACUUGUCUGGAAAAUAUCAGGAUUUUGCAGUGUGUUCAUUGAUUCUUAUGACCAUCAUUAAGAUUUUUCAGAAAGAGAUAAACUUCAGACUCUCCAAAAACAAGAAAUAAAGAAAAGGCAGUUUUAUAAUAAAUACUUUUUCUCCCUGUCAUUUCAUACCCAAUUCGACUGAAAUAUGGAUAAUUUGAUUCUUUGCAUUGAUGGAAAAUAUACUGUAAUCCAAAUUUAAGCACUGAUAUACUAAGGCAGAAAGAUAGAAUUCUCAGAGGAUAAAAUGAGGUAAAAGAUAAAUCUGAACUCUUAAGCCUCUUUCACAUGCCUCUGGUUAACCCAGUGGUUUCAACUUUGGCUGUACAUUGCCUUUUAAAACAUAAUGAUGCUUUGUUCCUAACCAUUGAAAUUCUUAUUCAAUUUAAUUUUUCUUAGAAAGUGGUUUGAGCAUUGUUUUUGACAAAGUUCCCUAGGUAAUUCUUGAAGAAUAACUCUUUCUCAUUGAAGAAGUCUCUGGAAUGUAGCCUGGAGGACAGAAUCAUAUUCCAGGUUUUGAUUUAUCUCAGUUCGAAGUCAUUAAUUUGUGAACCAGAGGGUGGUUAGAGCACAAAGCCAUGCUGUGAGGAAACAGAAGUUCUCACAUUCAAAAACUGUGCAUAAAUGUGAUCUUUGGGUGUUGUUUCUGGCCAAUUAAAUAAACCUGUAACAAAUACAUUGUAAGCUUAGAGGUUCUUAAGAUAAUUAUAUUGAAAUAAAAUGUGACUUUAAUAAUCUGUAUUUUUAUUCUUCUGACAAUUAAAUGAAAUACUAUAAGUAAACCUAGCGGAGUGCCUGACAAAAGGAGUAACUCACUGGAAGCAAGUGAUUAUCACCAUAAGUACUAUUAUUAUCCUUACCACUCCUUCCACUAACAGUACUUUAACUACUACUACGACUACUACUGACAGCUAGAGACCAGGUGUUUCCUAAAUAAAUCCAGUGAAUCACUCAACAAUUUUGAGGUGCUCUUUCUUAUAUGCUGCAGCACAAAUGAUUUGUGUAGAGUUUUUUUCUUCCAUUUUUUUUUAAAGAUUUAAAAACAUUUUUUUUUAGUAAUCUCUACACCCAACAUGGGGCUGGAACUUACAAUCCCA